AAUGCAUUGGCAUGAGGCAGGCAGACCCACCAGCAGGUGUGAAGUGAUGCAGAUCUGCACAAGAGUGGUGGCAGCAUCAGAGGAGAGAAGGGGAUGAAUUUGAGAGGUGAAAUGGAAAGUCCUUGGCAGAAACAUGUUGGAUAUGGAGGUUGAGAGAUAGUGAGGAAUUCAAGAUGACUCCCAUGUUUUGAACCUGAGAAACUAGGAGGAUAGUAUUAUCCUCUACAGUAACAGGAAUAAUAACAGCAUCUACCUCCCAGGGUUCUUGUAAGGAUCAAAUGAGAUGAGGAAACUGAGGCCGACGGUGAGGAAGUGACUUGCCCAAGACCAUUCACGAGGCCUCGUCUCAUUUCCCAACUUUUCUGUUUGGGAAUGGGGUGCCCGCACACACACCUCCCCUUCCCCUGGCCAGCCCCGCCCCCCUGGCUAGGCCCCUCCCUCGGACUCCUCCUUCCCCUCCUCUUCUUUCCCACAGAUCUUCCCACAGAGCUUCCCGGACACCCAGAAAGCUGCUGUCUGGAGUGAGUUGGGGUGCCCCGCGGCGGCCGGGCCUCGCUCGCUUGCCCGCUCCCUUGUGCACCGCGGACUGCGGGACGCUGGUGGCCGGCUCGCCCGCGGGCCAGCCGGCUGGGGGAGGGGAGGGCUGGGAGGAGAGGAGCCAGGCUGCGGAGCUAGCGGAGCGCGGGGAACGGGGGCAGGCGGCGGAGCGGAGCCCGGAGGAGCGGGCUUGCCCUGGCGCGGAGACUGCGGCGCCCGGAGCCAGCGGACCUGAGCAGCUGGGGCCGGCCUCCCGGAGCUGGGGGCGGGCCGGGGAGGAGCCCCGCGGCUGCCGGAGCCCGACACUCUUCCCGGGACUUUCAACCCUCCGGGACGUGUCCAGACCCCUUCUCUGCAGCCGUUGUGGCCGCUAAGGGGACGGAAGCUGGCUCUUGUCUUGGGGAUCGGGACCAGGCUGUGGCGGGAUCGCCAGGAUCCCUGGAGUCAAUAUUACCCCCUCCUCCGGGGAGGCCACUGGGGUCGCUCUGCGUGGACUAAGGAGCUGGAAACUGAUCGCUCAGGCGCUGGGCUUUCAAGCAAGAGCCGGAGUUUCCCUGGAAUUCCCUGCCCUGCCUAGAAGUGCUGUGGCUUUCCAGGUUUGCACCCAGGAAGGGGGGUGCCUGUGAGGGACACCACGUCCCCGCUUCGUUCCCACUCCUGACUCAGGAUGGCGGCCAUCAAGGCCCUGCAGCAGUGGUGCCGGCAGCAGUGUGAGGGCUACCCCGAGGUCAACAUCACCAACAUGACCACCUCCUUCAGGGACGGCUUGGCCUUCUGUGCCAUCCUGCACCGGCACAGACCAGACCUCAUAGACUUCAGCAGGCUCCGAAAAGAAAAUAUUUAUGAAAAUAACAAGCUGGCAUUCCAGGUGGCUGAGGAGCAGCUGGGGAUACCGGCCCUGUUGGAGGCAGAAGAUAUGGUGGCUCUCAAGGUGCCAGAUCGAUUGAGCAUUCUCACUUACGUCUCCCAGUAUUACAAUUAUUUCCACGGCCGGUCACCCAUUGGGGGCAUGGCUGGAGUGAAGAGACCUCCUUCAGACUCCGGUGAGGAACCUAUAGGGAAGAAAGUCAUUUCACAGCCGGCAGUCAAGCCUGCUUCCCCAGCCCCUGUGCAGCCACUGUCUCCAGUCCGGACAAACCCCAUUGUGCAAGGGAAGAACACGGUGAUGGAAUUCUCACCAGCAAAACCUGGCCGGGUCUCCACGGGCAGUGAGAGCCCCCGGGGCUCCAGGAGCAGUAUCUGUGCAAUAUGUAAGAAACAUGUGCACCUGGUGCAAAGGUACCUGGUUGAUGGGAAGCUCUACCACAGGAAUUGUUUCAGAUGCAAGCAGUGUUCCAACACACUCCACUCAGGUGCCUACAAGUCCACAGGGGAACCUGGCGUCUUUGUCUGUACGAAUCACCAUACCAAAGCAUCCAUCCCACAUUCUAAGUCUCCUAGCACAGAUCGAAAGCAGCCUGGGUAUUCGAGCCAGACCAACCCUGUUCCAAUGGAUACCACAUCCCCUGGUACAUCCCGGAGGACCUGGGAGCCAGACAAACCAAGGGAAGCUGGACAGAAAACCAACCCUCCGGGCAGAGAGCCUGUCAGCAAUUCUACUCCCAAGGGUUUUGUCCAGUCAGCUGGAUGGAGUCCAUCUUCUGUGGGCAAUGGGGUCACAAGCUCCCCCAGCCCCAUCAGCCCGGUCCUCCGGAAGUCAAGUUCCUUCCUCAACCGAUUUACCCAGAACUCUUCUCCAGCAGGAGGCAAGCCUGGUGGUGUUACCAAUAGCUCCCCUGUGGGGUGGUCAUCUGCUCAGGGAAAAUCAGAUCCACCCACGACCUCUGCCCCGAGCAAAUUAGACUUUCACAUGACCUCUUCUCAGGGUAAAUCAAGUCUUAGUGGGGCUCCUCCGAGCCCACGCACGUCUCCUAGGAGCAGAUCAGACACGCAAGUAGCAUCUCAGAGCAUCCCUUCUCAGAUCAAAUCAGACUUCCGUGCUGCUCCGCAGAUCCAAUUAAACUCAAGUCCAGCUGCUUCUCAGCCCAAAGUAGACUCAAGCACCAAUAGCUGGACUUCCUCUGUGUCCAAGACACAGCAAGCCCGGGAAAAGUUCUUCCAGUCUUCUGGGGCCUCAGCUGACAAACCCCCAGCUCCCAAGGAGUAUGGUCUGACUUUUACUUCCUCCCAGGCUGCUGAGAAAACACCCUCGGGGGUCACAGGUGCUCCUGCUCUGUCUACACGGGACAGCAUGAAGGACAAGGCUCGCAACUUCCUUGUGAAGAACCUUAUGAUAGGUCAGGAGGGCACUGCUGCCCAGCAUCCUAGCAGGUCAUCUCCUACCCCUUCCCGUGCUCUGACCCCAGAUCCUAAAACUGAGGGGCCGAGAGGGACGGCCAAGACAAAGCCAGAGACUGCAUCUUCCCUGUCUGGCAUAGUGACGGAGUUCUCAUCCAAGGGCAAAGUUUCUGCAUCAGCAUCACCCCAAAGAGCAAGGAAGAGCCCCUCCUUUUCCCGUCCAGGCAACGAGAUCAUAAACGCCAGACCAAAGCCAGACACCUUAGUGGUAAAUGGUCAGGGUUCCAGCCCUACUGCUGACCCACUCAAUGGUCCUGCAAGUUGGCGGUCCAGACUAAAGCCUGUGGAGAAAAUAUCUUCAGCGGACAGGGUUCCAGAGCCAAAGGAAAAGGCAGCUCCAGUAGAGACCAAGGGGCUGGCCAUUCCCAAGAAGCCUUUGGAGAAUUCCUCAGCAGCUUCAACUGCUUUGCCAGAGGGCCGGAAGAAACUCUCUAUACCUUCCAACCUGGAUAUUUCUGACACCUGGAUGAAAUCUGAGCAGAAGUGGGAAGAGCCCAUCCCUCCAGAGAAGCCCAGUCGGCUCAACAAGCCAGAAAAGCCCUACAACCCAAUAAGCUUCUCCAUCUCUUCAAAGAAGGAGGUGACAUCUCCAGUCAAGCUCCACCCUGACUAUGUGUCGGAGGAAGAGAUCCAAAAGAAGAUCCAGGACAUUGAGAGAGAGCUGGACUCUCUAGAACUGAAAGGCAUAGACCUAGAGAGGAAGCUCCGGGAAGCUGAAGGGGAUGACUCUGAAGAUGCCCUCAUGGUAGAGUGGUUCAAACUCAUCCAUGAGAAACAGCUGCUACUGAGGCAGGAGUCAGAGCUGAUGUACAAGGCCAAAGAGCAGCGUCUGGAGGAGAUGCAGUUUGAUAUUGAAGGUGAACUUCGCCGCUUGGUGGAAAAACCAGAGUCAUUGAAGACACCAAGGGAGAAGAAAAGGGAGCAGGAGCUUCUGGAUCAGUAUGUGAAUUUGGUGAAUGACCGCAGUGACAUCGUGGACUGUCUGGAUGAGGAUCGUAUCAGGGAGCAGGAGGAGGAUCAGGUGAUUCAGGACAUGAUCCAGAAAUUAGACCUCCAGAAGGAUGGAACAGAGAAGAAGAAGCCCAAGUCCCGGUUUCCCAAGAUUUGGAAGCAAAAGAAUAAGGGCAAAUCAUCAGAGUAAUGGCCCCCACUCUCCAAGGAACCCCCCACCCCAAAGCAGAUGAGGGUGAUUCUGUGUCUCUAUCCCCCAACUCUGUCCAUCCUGGCAGCCUCCCCCACUACUUAGGAUGGAAAGGACAAGAGGGAAUCCAGGACUUGUCUGAGGGUGACAAGCUUGUCACCUCCCACAAUGGGAAAGAAGGGACUGAUUGACAGAUGGCCCCAAAUGCUGACUCCUUAGGAGGGGGAGGUCUGGCCUUCAAGAAGCAGCAGAGAUUCCAGGACCAGAGAAGGCCAAACCCUCUUGCUGUUAAGUGGGGUCUUCUAUGGCAUCAUCAUAAUAAAAAUAAACCGAUCCAAAUCCA